AUGCAGUCUAUCUCCGGAGGCCGGCAACGCAAUGGCGAGAAGAAGCGUCGGAAUCGAGCGGCAUUGAGCUGUGUUCCUUGCCGGGAGCGCAAGUCAAAGUGCGAUAGGCAGAUUCCAUGUUCCGGCUGCAAAAAUCGAAAAAUGGUGCAUUUGUGCUAUUACUUUGCGAAACAGCGGAAACACGCCCGCGAUGCUAUCACAGCAGCGUCAUCUGACAGCCCAGGAGCAUCGGCUUCGUCCACGUCUUUCCCGGAUAAUACCGGCCAAUGGAGAAAUUCACAAAAUGGCUCUAAUUAUAAUUCCCUUGGUACGUUGUAUCAGCAUGAGAAUGGGUGUAUCACAUACAGAGUUCGGCAAUCCCAUUGGUCAUCUGCGUUGCCGAGUUUGUCAGAAACACUCAGCACCCCAACAUUAUCGACUACAUCGCCACACCUCGCUCCCUUACAACUUGACAGGUCUGAUUCAACGAAUCGGAAUGCGGGUAAUACAGAAGCUGGUUCUCAUCUCCUCUUAUCUUUACCCGCCAAACAGCAUUGCAAAUAUUUAGUGUCGCGCUUUUUUGCCGUCUUUUCUCCUCUCAUUCAUGUGCUUCACGAUCCUACUUUCCAUCGCGAGUACGAAACCUUUUUACAAGAUCCUAAAUCCGUCCCGCUUUCAUGGCUGGCUUUAUUAUUUACUAUACUGUCGCUGGCGACUAUGACACUGGAUGAUGAUGAUUGGGUAUUGGACGAUCUGGGUAGAGAAGCCGAUGGUCCGAGCAACGUCAAGGCCAUCGCCACCCGGUUCAGGAAGGCUGCUAUGAGCUCCCUUGAAGCAGACAAUUAUAUGUCCCGCCACAGGCUUUCUACUCUACAGUGUUUAGUUUUGAUGAUAUAUGCCAUCAACCAUUCUCAAGGGAGUGGUUCAAGUUGGCCUCUAUUAGGGCUCACUGUGCAUGUUGCUAUAUCCUUGGGCUGCCAUGUCGAUGGUGAACGUCUAGGGAUGAAUUACAUAGAAAUUGAGCAGCGAAGACGGUGCUGGGCCGGCCUAAAGGUGCUCUAUAUGAUACAGGCUUUGUCUUUCGGCAACGUCGGUCUAUUCGCCUUACCAAAGUUCCAAGUCAAGCUACCGAUGGAUGUCGACGAUGAUGAUAUACGUCCAGAUUCCCUACCAACUCAGGUAGAUGGACCAACUCAGAUGACCUACAUGCUUCUCAAAGUUAAGCUAUACAGCCUCGUGGAUCAGAUAGCUGACCAAAUCCUCGGCGUGGAGGCUCCUUCACAUGCAAGCAUUGCAGCUCUUGACGCCGCCAUUGAGCGCGAGCAAGAACACUGGGAUGAAAUAUAUCGUAGCCACCUUCGAAGCGACAAAAUCCAGGGGUUCCAGCGAGUUCACUGGAACAUUUUGCACAGCCAUGCGCAUCAGAUUUACCUGCUAAUCCACCGACCUCUGUUCGGCGAACCGGCCAAGAGCGGCUUCCUACAGCGGUCUAGGGCUAGAUGUAUAACAUCUGCGACAGCUCUGUUGGAUAUCCACGCACUUUUGUCUGAUGAACAGCAGUUUCGACAAUUCCGAUGGUACGGAUUCGGCUUGGGGAGUUUCCAUGCAUUCCAUGGUGCAGUGACUUUGGCGGCUGCUAUACUUCAGGACCGAGAUGGUGAAUCAAUAUACGAAAUGCAGUCAGUCCUGAAUGAUUGCACCAACAGGUUCCAAUCUCUUUCGGGAAGAAGCCCAAUCUGCGCCAAAGCAUACACAAUUCUCAAGUAUCUUCAGUAA